CUAUCACGAGCUACGUCGUAAUAGAAAAAAGACUACGAAUCCCGAAAAAUCUAUUACAAGUUCCCUUCGUAGUGGAAAAUCUGGUACGAAAUUCGAAAUUCGUAAAAUUUGGUAUCACCAGCCCCGAAAAAAUUUGAAAUAUGUUGUCCUUUUCUACGACAGGUUUUUUCUUUCGUAGACUAACAAAAUCAGUUAUUUGAAACAGUUAUUUGAAAAAAUGUCGAAAACAACAAAUAAACAGCAACACAAUAAACUGUAUGAAGCACUGUCCCGGAAACCAGACAUUGCCAAAGGAUACACCAAAAGAACAAAAGAGGAAAUUAAUUUGUUUUGGGAAGAAUUAAAAACAGAUUUAAAUCUACUUGGACCUCCAAUAAAAGACGCAGGAACUUGGAGAAAAGUUUGGCUUGAUUGGAAAGCAUAUGUUAAAAGAAAACUCACGGAGAAUCAACUUGAACAUAAUGCAACUGGUGGUGGUAGCUAUAAAAAACAUAGUUUUUCUAUGUUAGAAGAAGGAGUGAUUCAACUCACCGGUCUCCAAAUAUCUACUGCUGGAAUAAGAGGAACCAUUUCAUAUGGCGUCACAAACCAAAAAGCGGUCUCUUAUUCUGAGAGUUCAAUUAUUGAAAACAAGGAACCGUCACCUCAAAGAAUUGAAUCCCCUAUCGAUGUAUCGAUGACCUCAGAACGCGAGUCGUAUUUACACAGCCAGCCAUCUACAUCAAAUAAGGCUCAAGUUAGUAAUGUGCACGCGCUUCUUGAACGUCAAAUAAAUAUGCAGAAAGAAUUUUAUGAAAACACACAAAAGUACUAUGAAAGUCAGCAAAAAGCAACUGAUGAACUUUUGCUCAGUACAAAAAAAAUAUACAGAGGCAUCGACAAAUUGUGUGAUUUGGGAAAAAAUUAUAUAACUAUAAUGAAAACACACACCUCAAUAAAAGAAAAACUUUUAAAACAAAAAGUUAAAAUUAAAGCCCAGAUUCUCGAAAUUAAAAAAUCAAAGUAUGGAUUCCAAAACAAUCAAGACUCUGAAUCAGAUUAA